AUGCACAACAUCAAAGAAAUGGAUUCCCAGAGACGUCCGGGUCCUCCAGUCUCUCUAGCAGAUCAGCCAGUUCAGCUCUCUUGCCUUCAAGCCAUACCAGCUGCCUCAAAUUUCUCACUGAGUCCAGUGAUCCUCCAGCCAGAACAAGCUGUUUCUCAGACGAUAUACCUGAAAGCUCUUACUAUCCCGCUUUAUCAACCGAUCCAGUCAGAACGCCCUCAGCCAAACAGCCAACAGCCCGCAGGCCGAAGCACUUUCAACUUAAAAAAUAGUAACAUGCCUUUAAUCCUAAGCCCACUUGUACAUUCAGAGGGAACCGAUCGACUCCAGGCAGCCCCUCAGAAGCCACCUCAGACAAUUAACAUCGUUAGUGGUUUACCAGUCUUGCCACAAAACUCUUCGCCUUGUGCACCACUUGGAAGCCCAGGGAAAUCCAAAAGUGCUGGGAAGCACCUCUGUAAACACUGUGGGCGCGACUGCCUGAAGCCAAGCGUCCUUGAGAAACACAUGCGCUCUCACACAGGGGAGAGGCCUUUCCCGUGCACCACAUGUGGCAUUGCGUUUAAAACUCAAAGCAAUCUGUAUAAACACAGGAGAACCCAAACACAUGUCAACAACACACGUCUGCCCGCAGAAUCUGAUGGCAGCUGCCUGUUAGAGGAUAACGAGAAAGGGGCUGAGAAUGUGAGAUCCCCUCAGACAACAAAAACGGGUGAUAGGAACAGUGACGACCAACCAAGGUCAAUUAUUAAACAAGCCAUUUCAGAGUCUGCUGCCGUUGUAGCUGGCGAGAAGCUUCCACUCAGUACUUCAUUGCCAACGGUGACUGCUUUAAGCCUUGUAUCCGAAAUCCGGGGUGGGACAACAGACAACUCCUGUCACAGAGGAGUGAAUCAGAAUGUCCUUGAAAAAGAAGCCAUGAAAGAUCUAGCAAACUUUCUCCAGAGAAGAAAGACACAGGAGCAAAGGUCUCCAAUGGUCAGUCAACAUACUCAGCUGCAGAGGCAGCAGCCCACGUAUCCAGAGAGGCUAUGGGAUAGCAAAUCUCCAGACUACAAGCUAAAGAAAUGCGAGAGCACGGACUCAGGGUAUCUGUCACGCUCUGAUAGUGUUGAACAGCAGAUGCUGUCCCCGAGUCCCCUACACAGUCUUUGCGAACACAGCACAGAGUUGGAAGGUGAUACUGCCAUUAGCAAUCUCAGGAGCACCGCCGCAAAUCAUUCAAAAGCCGAUUUGGCUGAGAAAACGGCAGGAAGCUUAGCGUUGGAGAAGAAGAAGUUGGAGGAGCACAUUUCUAAGCUGAUCUCUCAUAAUAAAGAGGUAGUGGAUGACACGCAACUGGACAACGUUAGGCCCAGGAAAACAGUCCUCUCCAAGCAAGGUAGCAUUGACUUACCAAUGCCUUACACGUACAAAGACUCGUUCCAUUUUGAUAUACGAUCUCUUGAUGUAAACAAGAAAAAGAACAUCUCCCUUUGUUCGGCAAAGUCUACCUUCACACCCAUAGAAAAAGUCAAACCCUUGUUUUUUCAUUCAGUCCCCACUCAGUUCUCCACAACUAUAGACUUUGUGCCCGUCACCAGGAGCAACUCUUUACCUUUUGUUGAGACCACAAGGAGAAUUCAGGAUCGUGGGGAUAAUUCAACGUUAUCUGCUUUCACAAGAGUGCCCCCAAACACAAGUUUCUCUGGUCUGCUGCACAACAACAAACUUGUCGCAAGUAGAGAAGAUUUUCCUACCAGCCACCCUCGAGCACUGGUCAGACAGUCAGCAGUAGAUGACUUGCCACUUGGUAACGUGUUUGAAUCACCACCUUUUCCAGAAGACACAAAAGACGCUAAAAAGUCUGGAACCAGAGCAGAAGGAGGGAACACGAAGUGUAAGAAACCCACUCAGAGGAAAGUAAAAAUGUUCUCUCAGGAAAAAUGGCAGGUGUAUGGGGAUGAGACAUUUAAGAAAAUCUACCAAAAAAUGAAAAGCAGUCAAUCAGCGAAGAAACAAAAGGGAAAUAAGAUAAAUGAAAAUUCAAGUUUUCAGUCGGAUACCAAGGAAGUUGCUAGUCAUGAGAAAAUCACUGGGCACAAAAGUGGCAGGUGUCCCACACCUAAGAACAUAGUUUCAUCGCCAGUUGUUGUUCCUGCUAAACUAAACACGGAAGAGUCAUUGGGAAGUUCCACUGCUGGCCAGAUAUCACAGCAUACUUCUCAGGAGAGUUCAGGCAGCGUUUUGGAACUAAUGGAGACGUCCUUUUCAGUCAGUGAUAGCGAACACAGUGGGGUGCCUAAAACAUUUUCUGAAUGUAGAUGCAGAGAGCUGUGUGCUUUCAAAAAAGAUCCAGAUGGUAGCAACCAGAUAUUGUCCUUAAGUACCAGCUGUGAAUUGAAACUCCAACUUCACCAGGCCAUAGGCCAGGAGAAUAAUAUCCUGUCCGCUAGCUUGCAGAAGUUUGCGAAUGAAUCAGAGGAGAUGUGUGGACAAGGAGACUCUAUUAAGCAUGUGCCAGAACAUGAAGAUAUUUCACCGAUCAAAGGAGAAGACUCUGGUGGAAAAGAAAGCAUCCCAUCUACACAAGGGGUCUCACCUCUACAUCAGGGCAGCUGUGGCACCCCUGUGGAGGAAUCCCAAAAGUUACCUUCAGAGAGGAAAAAGCUAAAAGUGGAUGAGUUGAAGAGCAAAGAAAAUACGUUAAAAAUCAGCCGUGGCUCUAACAGUUCAAAGGACAGAAUUGUGAAACUGCUAGAUCAAUUCAAAAUUAUUAAUGUAGUUGCUCCUGUUUCGAUAAAUCAUUCCAUUAAAGAAAAAAAGCAGAGAUUCACAGCAGACACAAACUCAUUGGGUAGCUGUGUGGAAUGCAAACAACAAACAGUCCAAUAUCCCGUCAUGAACUCCAGUAAUAAGGAUUAUAUUGCGGACAAUACGGCAAGUGUAUCUACAUUUUCGUUCUCCGAACAACUCAGGGCUGAGGUGACAAAGGAAUAUAUCUGUAGUUCCUUCUCUUUUCAUAAACUGUCAGAAAAUCCAGAUCUGAUGAUAACCGGGACAAAGCUGUCAUCUCAGAAAGGAGGCAUAGCAACAGCAUCUUUACCUGUUCAGCCGCUGGUAUUUGAUCAGAUAACGCCCCACAUAAAGAAAAAUGAAUUUCUCCCCAAGUAUAUUCUGAAAUAUCCUCAAGAAGGAAAUAGUAGAGACGUGCCAUUGGUUCCUCUGGGAGAGUUGGACCAAAAGGCAUGUAUUUCACUGCCAACAACUUCCACCGAUACUGUUAAUCCUUCCAGUAGCUGUGAAUCAUUGGGAACCAAUCUCACAGAUCUGUGUGUGUGCCCUUUACAACUAGAACUGGGUCAUACGACCAGAACAAACGAGCUACAAUGGGAUGCUCACACAACUUGGAAAUCCCUCGUAGUUUGUUCACCAGCAAUCCUAGAAACUACCAGCAUCACAACCAAGGUAGAUAGGAGACAUCAUCAUCACCAGAGUGCCUGUCAGAGGGAGAAGGUGAAAGAAAUCUUGGAAGAAGCAGAGGACAUGGACAAUUUUGGUGGAGCGCAAGAAGGUGAAAGGGACACAGUAGUCUGCUCGUCAUAUGCUUCAGGAAAGAAAAUACGCUUCACAUCCAUGUACAAGGGAGAUUUUUUCAUUUCUUCAGAUGUGACAGGAAGGAAUUCGGCCCUCAAGUUAAUACGCUCAGGGAACAGUUCAGUAAUAUCAGUCUCCUCAUUAGUUGGAAGGGCAGCUUUGUGUGGAAACCAUGACAACGAAACCAAGGAACGGGAAGUGGAUAUUAACUCUCUCCCAAGGUUGCCUCUCUCUUCAGUGGAUAAUUCCAGAUGCCUUUGCCAUGCCUCGGACAUGCUUCAUUGCCACGUGGUCUGUACCCCACAGAAGGAAGUUUGCACGUUGUCCCACUUAAGCAUGAUUUCACCUGUAGGAAAUUCAAAAUCCCCAAGCUUGACUGUAUCCUUCCCAACUCUAAAUGCUGAGCCUCGAUUGACUUGGUGUUGCUUAACCCGCAACCUCCCUCUUCCUGUUGAGCAGAAGGAGAAGAAAGAUUCUGCGUAUUCAUCCUUGCAUAUCUGUAAGAAUGAAAAAGUCAGUUUAAAAUGUAGCCUGACUUUUUGCAAAAUGAAACACACCGCUAGUGAAGGCUCAACACGUGGAACAUCGAACACACCAAUGUCUUCUUUUAAUCUGAGACAGCAAAUAGAGAAGCCGUACUUUUCAACAACUGGAGGUGAUGAGCUAUUGAAAAACAUUUCAGAGCAAGAAAAGGCAAACAAGAAGCUUUGCAAAAUAAGAGAACUCUCAACAAUAAGUAAAGCCAAGAAAAGCCGGAAACGAAAAAAAAUGAAAAUCAACCCAAAACGAUAUAAAGGAAGUUACGGACAUAGACACCUACUACUGAAAACCAGCAGGUUGAGCAGACAGCUCUGGUCAGCAAGCAGAGCUCUGGAGACUCCAGAAAAGCACCGACAACUUUUCGCCCCAGAUGGCCCUGAGCAUUGUGGGAAAUGCCUUUGUCUUCCGACAGCCUCACAAGGACAUGAUCAAAACCUUCAGGAACGGGUGCCUUCUUGCACAACGGAUGAAGCUGCCUCCUUUGUGAAAAAAUAUCCAACAAAAGAAGGAAAGAGCGACUCAGGAAUGACAUUUUUGUCGCUUGGCAGCUCGUGUAACUUCAAGCAGGAAGACUCCGAGGAUGGACAAGUUUCUUCUAGACCUAUUAAUGAAUCCUUAAGCAGCAUAUUGUCCUUACAGACAACAGCGACAGCUCCCGCAACAUAUUCCUGCACAUUAUCCACUCAUGUGCUGGCACAAAAAGACAGGGGCCUAAAUGUUUGCUCCUUGGGAAAACUACCGAGAGAGAGACAUCCUGAUAUACCUCCUGAGCACCCUUGCACAUCUACUGGGACUUGUAACUUUAGAGAUCCAGGCGAGAGCCAUCCUCGUAACCACUUGUGUUCAGAAGUUACUAGGCCUGUAUUUGAUGGGUCAAAAACGGACCUCAAAGAUGUAUUUUGUAUGGAAUCGAAAAGUCAAAAGGUUGCCGUCUUAGAGCCACCGUUCCACAUAUUGGGAAGAAGAGUACAAACCACAAAAAGCAAUUUUUCAACAUUACAUGAAAAACUUCCCCCCGUCAUCCAAACCCCGUGCUACCUUUCGCUUAGACCAAAGCUGCUUACAGAGACAUCAGCAUCGAAUAUUUGUUUGCUCAGUUCAAGGCAUGCACAGGAAACCACAAGAGGUGCAGAUAAGAGCAGCAGCUGUCUGCAGUCGGUUGGCGGGCAAGGAAAACUUUGUGCUGCUGAAUCUCCCGCUUCGAAAAACUCUUCUGCUCCCUUAGGUAGCUCUGGAACUCCAUCCAAAUCUUUCAAAAAACAGACCUUGGAAAUGAUGAACAAACAAACCCAUGUGGAAGAAGACACAAGCAGUGAAGAUGAAGACAGGCUCAUUAUAGAAAUAUAGUCCAUAGCCCCUUUGCUGUUGAAGGUGGGGUAUGAUUGGCAAGAAGUGCCCCAUAAAUGGCCAGCAGACCAUCUGACUCACACACCUUCUGAUCAGAAAAGCCAUUCCUGCUCUCUCCAGAGAAUAAGUCUUUGCCAAGGACUUGGACUUCUUUACGUUUUACUUAUUUACUUCAUUUAUGCUCCACCUUUCUCCUCAAUGGGGACCCAAAGCAGCUUACAGAUGAUGCCAAACAAGGAAGCCAUU